AUGGAUAUAAAAUACAAGUUUGUUGAUUUAAUUGGUUCUUCAUACAGAAAUGGACCUGUUCGGUUUUUACCAGAUAAUUUUUCGUUACUUUGUGCAAAUGGAAAUAGAUUAAAAUAUUUUGAUUUGAAAAGGAAUACUUCCUUUACAUCAGAAAUCCAAUUAAAAUGUAACAUUGUUGCUUUUGAUAUAAACUCAACUGGAACACAUGCAAUUGUUGGGGAUGAACGUGGAAAUUGUACUUUAAUACAUUUGGGUAGCGAUGUUAUUCUCUAUAGAAGGAAUUUUCGACAAAAAAUCAGAGCUUUGAGUUUUUCUAAUGAUUCAAAUUUUGUUGCUAUUGGGACACAAGGAAAAGUUUUUAUUUUUUCUGUGGCUGAUAUAUCUGCAAAUCAAUUUGUACCUUUGGCUUUGUUAAAUAGAUUUAUUCAUUCUGAAAAUAAGAUUAAUGCAAUUGGAUGGUCUUUUGAUGGAAGUUUAAUCGCCGUUGCUGGAAAUAGAAUUGUUAAAAUAUUCAAAACAGUACCUGAUUCUUCUAAAAAUCUUGGAGGUUUUACUUUUGGAGAAAGGGCUUCAGUUGUUGGUUUUCUUUCUGUUGAUAAAAGUGGAAUGUGUAGCAUUUUUGAGUUGGAAGAUAAUUCUGAAAAAUUGAUAUUUCAAAGAAAAAUUAGCAAAUGCUUAACUUCUUUAAUUGGCGUUACUACACAUUUGGGGCUUUUAUCCGCCUCCGUUAACAAACAAAAAAAGUUAUUGGCUACUGGAUUUUCAAAUGGAACUUUUUGUAUUUUUGAUAUUCCUGGACUUUCUUUACUACAAAACUUUAGUAUUGGUGAUAAACAAAUAAAUUCAAUUAAUUUCAAUUCUCGGGGUGAUUGGUUAGCUAUAGGAUGUGGAAGGGGAAUGGAUGCACAAUUACUUGUUUGGGAAUGGCAAAGUGAAUCUCAUAUACUUAAACAACAAUCACAUAGUCAAACAAUUACUGCUAUAGCGUAUUCUCCUGAUGGUUCAAUUUUGGCAACUGGGGCAGAGGAUGGAAAAGUGAAACUUUGGAAUUGUGCAACUUCGUUUUGUACUGUUACUUUUACUGAACACGAAACUGGAGUUACAGAUAUUUGUUUUACUCAAAAUGGAAAAGCUGUAUUGUCUUCUUCUCUUGAAGGUUCUAUUAGGGCACAUGAUUUGAAAAGGUAUCGUAAUUUUCGAACAUUAGUAGCACCUAAACAGACACAAUUACAUUUACUUUGUGCUGAUUUUUCUGGUGAUAUUGUUGCAGCUGCAUCGAGAGAUUUAUUUGAAAUUUAUGUUUGGUCUUUUGAAACAAGUGAAGUUUUGGAUGUAUUGACAGGCCAUUCUAAUUUAAUUAAUGGAUUAACUUAUUAUGAAAAUACUUUAUGUACUGUUUCUUUGGAUAAAACAAUGAAAAUAUGGAAUAUUGUGGAUGGUGGAAAUUGUUUUAGAGACUGUUAA